AGAAAUUUUAAGUAGGCCUACCACCAUGGCUUCCACUAUAAUAUUGUUGUUCUGUAUUUCUUGUUUGGUACAGUUAUACAUAGAAGCGACUGACAUUUUAAAUAAAGUUUCUGAUUCCUGUUACAAACCCAUCCAGGAUGAUAGACCCAAGUUUGUGAGGACAUAUCCACGGCCGCAUGAAUAUGUAAAUGUCUCCGACCUCCCGAAGACUUGGGACUGGCGAAACAUUAACGGCAAGAACUAUGUUAGCAUCACCCGAAAUCAACAUAUUCCGCAAUACUGUGGUUCAUGUUGGGCCAUGGGUUCGACCAGCGCCCUUGCAGAUCGUAUUAACAUAAAGCGCAAAGGCGCCUGGCCCUCUGCAUACCUGUCAGUGCAGAACGUGAUUGACUGCGGCAGGGCAGGAUCUUGCUUCGGAGGUGAUCAUGUUGGGGUGUAUGCCUACGCCCACAAGAAAGGAAUUCCUGAUGAAACCUGCAACAAUUACCAAGCUAGAAACCAAAUGUGUGACACUUUCAAUCAAUGUGGGACAUGCACAUUCUUCGGGUCAUGUGACACUGUGAAGAACUACACCAUUUGGCGAGUUGGUGAUUAUGGGGAGGUGUCUGGACGAGACAAGAUGAAGGCAGAAAUCUACACAAAUGGACCAAUCAGCUGUGGCAUCAUGGCCACAUCUGGGUUAGAGGCCUACACUGGGGGUGUUUUUGCUGAAUUCCACCCCCUCUCCCUGAUGAAUCACAUUGUGUCCGUGGCCGGCUGGGGAGAGGCAGAGGACGGGACGGAAUACUGGGUGGUCAGGAACUCGUGGGGAGAGUUUUGGGGAGAGCAUGGCUGGGCCAGAAUUGUCACAAGUGCCUAUAAAAGAGGCAAAGGAAACUGGUACAACUUAGCAAUUGAGAAAAGCUGUGCCUUUGGGGAUCCAAUCCUGACAUAACAGACUAACAACAACAACAACAACAACAACACAUUGCAUUUACAUAGCACCUUUCUAGACACCCAAAGCUCUUCACAGUGAAGGAGGAACCUCACUAACCACCACCAAUGUGCAGCACCCACCUGGCUGAUGCACAGCAGCCAUUAUGCGUGAGGAAUGCUCCCCACACACCAGCUGGAGGUGGACUAACCCUCUCAUUUAAGGCCCCUCCA